AUGAGACUUCUGGCACGUUCAAUUGGUAGGCCGCGCAUAUCUGCCAGUCGCCAUGGCAUCGCGACUGCAUCGGGAAGGCGCCAUCUAACCAACAAUGGCUUCUUCCGCGUCUCGGAGGAGGUGCGCGAAGCUCUACACUCCAAAAAGCCCGUCGUCGCGCUGGAGACGACAAUUUACACUCAUGGCUUUCCCUACCCCGAAAACGUAGCCCUCGCAUCCCUCCUCGAAAGCGUAGUCCGAACGAAUGGCGGCAUCCCAGCUACCAUUGGCAUUCUAGACGGUGUAGCACGUGUAGGCAUGGAUCCAGAAGAGCUGAUCAAGCUGGCUUCUUCUGCUGGUAACCCAAACACAAUGAAGCUCUCGCGACGAGACCUCGGCUAUGUAUGCGGUAUGCGACUGACCGACAAGUCCUUCAAUGGCGGUACAACUAUAUCAGGCACUAUGCUGCUCGCUCACCUCGCUGGCAUUAAGAUCUUUGGAACAGGUGGCCUUGGUGGGGUUCAUCGCGGCGCUGAGUCAAGCAUGGAUAUUUCUGCCGAUUUGACAGAGCUCGGCAGGACUCCGGUCACCGUUAUCUCUAGUGGCUGCAAGAGCUUCCUCGAUAUACCGCGGACAAUAGAGUACCUUGAGACUGAAGGCGUAGGCGUGGGCACCUUCGCCGAUGGACGAAAAGGCAAUGUAGACUUCCCUGCCUUCUGGUCGAGGGACAGUGGGGUCAAGAGUCCGACGACCAUUGCGGAUGAGAUCGAGGCUGCUGCUGUCAUAUAUGCGCAACACGCACUUCAGAUCUCAUCUGGUCUUCUCUUCGCCAACCCCGUUCCUACCGAUUUCGCUAUACCCAAGGAUGAAAUGGAUGUAAUCAUUGCCGAAGCUCUGAAACAAGCUGAAGCAGCCAAUAUCUCCGGCAAAGACAACACGCCCUUUGUGCUUGCUAAGAUCAAGGAGCUCAGCAAGGGCAAGAGUAUACCCGCCAACAGGGCCCUUAUAGAAUCGAACGUGAGACGGGCUACCAUCGUAGCACGAGAGCUUGCCAUACUUGAAGCAAAGCAGGAAGAAGCCCAAGGUCAAACAGAACCACUACCUCACACCUCGAACCCAGCAGUCAUCACCCAAACACUCGGAGGCGUAGCACACAACAUCGCGAAAGCCUCUCACCUCCUAGGCUCAUUCGUCCAUCUCCACAGUGCCGUUGGCGACGACCUGAGCGGCCGCGCCGCCCUCAGCCAGCUGCAAUCGGAAGGCAUGCCAACAACCGGCAUAGAAACUCUCCCAGCCCCAUCCCGAACAGCCCAAUACGUUGCCAUCAACAACACAAACAAAGACCUCGCCCUCGCCAUGGCCGACAUGUCAAUCCUCGAAACCAUCCCCAUCGAAACCAUCCAAGAACUCGCGACCAGCAUCUUCACCACCACCUCCCCCCGCCCCAAAGCCUUCGUCACAGACGCAAAUUGGUCGUCACCCGCUCUACACACCUGGCUCCAAGCCGCCCGUCACCCCGAUACAACCACGAUCUUCGAGCCUGUCUCCACGGCAAAGUCGCUGCGUAUAUUCCCUUCCACGUCCAGUACCACGGCCACACAAUCUAUCUACCCCACCCCCCUCGUCGACAUCAUAACACCAAACACGUACGAACUCACCGCUCUCCACGAUUACGCCGCACAAUCCACGCUCUUCGAGUCUCCAGAAUGGUUCGGUGUGAUAGACGCACUGGGUAUACCCAACGGCGGCUUACGCGUCCCGCUAGCCGUCACCGUAGGAAGCGAACUAGUCGACCAAGGCAUCCCGCAACAAACCAUCAAACUCUUGCCUUUCUUCCCUACUAUCCUGACGAAAUUGGGAAGCAAGGGCGUGUUGAUGACGAAAUUGCUCGCGAACGAUGCGGAGGAGUUAUAUGAUGAGAGGGAGAGGGGGUAUGUUCUUGCGAGGAAUAUGUCGGCGUCGGCUGGUUCAGCUGGUGGAGAUGGGAAGGAGAAGGGUAAGGGUGUUGGUGGUCUUUAUAUAAGACUGUUUCCGGUGGAGAAGGUGCUGCAGCCGAAUGAGGUGGUUAGUGUGAAUGGGAUUGGCGACACGUUUUGUGGGGCGGUGGCGCAUGGACUUGGGAGGGGAAUGCGGGUUAAGGAUGUUGUGGGGUUUGCGCAGAGGGCGGCGGGGGAGAGCUUGAGGAGUAGGGAGGCGGUGGGGGAGGGGUUGAGGGGGUUGAGGUUGUAG